AGCGGGAGGAGUUUAUCGGACAGAUCAGCGACAUCCGAGUUCAGAACCUGCAAGUUGAAAGAGAAAUGGUUCAGAAGAGGACCUUCACCCGAUGGAUGAAUCUACAUUUAGAAAAGUGUGACCCACCCAUUGAGGUCCAUGACCUUUUUCAGGACAUCCAGGAUGGACGCAUCCUCAUGGCCUUGCUGGAGGAGCUCUCUGGCUCCAAGCUGCUUCAUGGGUUCAAGAAGUCCUCCCAUCGUAUUUUCAGACUCAACAACAUCGCAAAGGCCCUCUCUUUCCUUGAAGAGCGAAACGUAAAGCUGGUCAGUAUUGAUGCAGCUGAUGUUGCUGAUGGAAACUCCUCCAUCAUCCUUGGUCUCAUCUGGAACAUCAUCCUCUUCUUUCAGAUUAAGGAGCUGACUGGGAACAUCAGGAGCCAGUUCCCCUCCUCCACCAGCCUAUCAUCCAUUCCCACCAGCGUGUCUGACUCAGACACAUCCCACUGCAGCACCCCACCAGAGUCAUCACAGUCAGCGUCUACAGCCAUGCGAGAGAACAACAAGGCUAUCAGGAAACUGCUGCAGUGGGUACAGAAGCGUACACGCAAGUAUGGUGUGGCAGUUCAGGACUUUGGGAAGAGCUGGACAAGUGGUCUGGCCUUCCUGGCUGUCAUCAAGUCCAUUGACCCCAGCCUGGUAGACAUGAGGAAGGCCCUGCUGAGAAGUGCCAGGGAGAAUCUGGAGGAUGCCUUCAGGAUAGCCCACUACAGCCUGGGUAUCCCACGCCUCCUGGAACCUGAAGAUGUGACCAUCAACACACCAGAUGAGCAGUGCAUCAUAACAUACGUGUCACAGUUCUUGGAGCAUUUCCCUGGCAUAGAGUCAGAGGAGCCCCGACAUCUUAUUGAACAAAGCGUCUCUAUGGGCCGACUCAACUUUCUUGACAGUGACUGUGACCACAUAAGGAAGGGCGCUUAUCGAAGCAGAGUGAAAGAGAGGUCUUAUAUGUUCCAGAGGGAUUCUAACCAGCCCCCGCCCAAAAUCUUGAUUUCCUCUAUGUCAGAGGACAGGAGUGUAAUGUCCCCUCUUUGUAGGCUGGCUCCAGCUCGUUUGUGGUCUAGUGAAGACUUAGCAGAUUCCCCCCAUGUGGAGGACAUCUCCAGCAGUGUGGUUGAAGACCCCCAGGAACCUGUCAGGGAGGUUUUAACCAACUCAGGCUCCAAAUCCACACAGCUGUCUUACACUCCCUCACCCACUGGCUCCUCAGUGCCUGAGUCAGUAGUCGGUGACUCAGCAAUCAACUCACCAGAUUCCUGGGUGGAAAGUGAGGUUGGGGUGAUGCCAGAGAAACUUAGUGAGAGUCAAAGUGAUAGUUCUUUGUGUGACAGUGGAACUGCCUGGGAUGUGUACCGUGCCACCCCUGUGGAGGUUACUGCGCUUGAUGAAGGAUUUGUCCCGUCCAUAGAAGAUAAAGCCCCCGAUGAGCAGUCGAUUACUGAGUCAUAUAUCGAUGAAGGGAUUUACUCACUGAGCUCAUUGGAGAGCACCCAAUGCCAAGGGCAUUCUGAGAAAAAGUACGCAGAAGCAGUGAAAGGGAUAAAGACAGACUUUGAGAACUACGGCCAAUACACAGCACUAGAACAGAUAACUGGUCAGAGCAGUGUUGGUUUUAUAGAAGAAGCAGACUGUAAACAGAAGGAUACAAGUCUACUUGAAAAAGAUGAAGUACCCAGAAAGCAAAAGGCUAAGUCCCAGCUAAGUUCCAGCAAUGAGCAGCCAUCCUCUGGCCAUUUUGAAGAACUCAUGAUGCAAACAAGUGUUGAAGAGAGCAUUGACAAAGAACCUGAAUGUUUAAAGAGUACCGUGGAUUUCGCCAAGGAUGCACAGGGCUAUGAAGGACAAAGUAAUGGGCAAAUUCAAAGUCUAAAUGAAAAAAAUAACUCUGAAGGGGCUGAAGAGGAAAAUGAAUGUCAGAAAACAGACCCUUCUUUAGAGGACAAGAGAGUGGACCGAAGAGAUAAGUCAGGGAUUUUACAGGAAAAGGAUGAAGUGGUUCUAGAAACACAUGAUGAAGCCAGUGAAGGAGGCCACUCAGUUCCACAAGAAAGCAUCAGAACAAAAACUAGUGAUGCUUUAGCAAACAUGCAUGUAAUCAACCAAGAGGGAGCAUCAAGCACAUGCUCGGAACCAAGUAUGGGGAUGAGAAUUCCUCUGAUCUCCAUCUCCAGUGAGCCGGAAGAGCAGAACAAAGAGGGAACAUGUGAUCCAGAAAGAGAAGCUCAUGCUGGGGAUGAAGAGGUACACCACACAGAGGCAAGUGGAAGCGACAGAACUGACACAAACGUCAACAGACCUCAAAGGCCAGAUGAACUGAGUUGUGACUCUGGAGACAAUGAUGGCAAAAAUCCUUCCUGCCUAAUAUCAGAAAAUGUUAAACCACCAGCUUCAGAGCAAACAGGGGAUGUGGAAAAUGUGCCUUUUGAUGAAACAGAUGAACAUGACAGGAAUUGUUCAAAUGAAGACACUUGUGUUCCAUAUGCAACUGAUAACAUGGAAAUAAGUGAAGCCAUACAGGAAUGUAAGUUUCUUCACGACAUGUCUCAGACAGGCAACACUGACAAGGACUUCACAGCUCAGACAUCAACAGAUGCCAAAAAAAGAAAACCUCAGUAA